GGUGUACAGGCGAUUCAGAUUCAAGCCAAAUGAAACAAGACAAUUGAAUCAAGGAUGUCGUUUAAAAUAAAGAGUAUAGAUGAAAACAGCACAAAGAAUCGGAAACGAAGCGAUGUACAGAGCCAGAAUUGUUGGGUGGGUUGAUGCACGUCCAGGCUAUUAGGCCUUAGGCCUUAGGCAUAAGUCAUCGUACGAGUCAUAAUCUGAAUCAGGAUGAUAUUGAGACUCCGCCUAAAGCAUCGUAAUUCAGAUCACAAUGACUUUGCGGGGCAUCCCAAAGUCCACAUUGCCUCACAAGCUCUAGCCAAAACAGCUCAGCAGGCCGAAGACACCCUGAUCUCCUCGCUCGACAAGGCCGAAAGACUCCAUCACAUCGCUAGGGAUGAGAGGACCGAACAGGAAGGAGGAGUGUCUAUAGCGGCAGAACGACUUGAGGAAGCAGCAGACACUUUGUACAGCUCAGUCACUGACUGCCAAAACGCCAUCAAAGUCCUCGCACCCUCACUGGACGUCACACAAGAACGUAUCAAUCACCUUUCCACCCAGAUGCUAUCAACCACUCCCCCACCCACGCAAACUCAAACUCAAAUUCACACUCAACCAACGUAUAGUUCAGUAGCGGCCGCUCACCUCCCACCCAAAGUCGACCAAGCCAUAGGUCGCACCACUAUCAGAGCACAUCAAAUCCUGUUAGACCCUAACCCGGGAUCGUCUCCUUUCCCUCCUGCCACCACCAACAAAGAGAUAGCCGCAAGAAUGAAGGAAGCCCUAAUCAACAUACGCAACAAAGACACCCCAGCAGGAGAUGUAAAGGCCAUAACGGUACUACGCAACAGUGCCAUCGUUGUAGAACUUGACUCUGAAUCCCUAGCCUCCUGGUUAUGA